AUGAUUUUCUCACCAACGGUUAAAGGCCUUAUUCCGAGUGCUGCAGGCCCUGUGGAGAAUACUGGUCAUGGACGGAUCAUCACCGACAAGGCUCCCAGUAAGCUUCUUGUAAAUGGCCUACCGAAACACUCCCGAGGCCGUCUUAUUGACUAUGUAUCUCCAUAUGUAUUGGAGAAGCCAAGACCAGUUGCGGAACCAUGA